UGAAGCAGACAGUCAGCGCUGAGCGACAGACUCUAGUACCGCAGUUUAGUACCCGCGCCGCGCUAUCUCACCUGACAUUAGAGUGUAGUGCGCGGCAUGUGAUCGGCGACCGUCAUCACAUCAGUGACAAGUGUCAGGAGAUACCUCUAUCCCAGAAUCAGAAACUGAGGCGAUGUUGCUGGUAGUGGUGAUGCUGAUGUUGGUGGGAUGCGGCUGGGUGGCCGGCUGUCCUGACGGCUGCUCUUGUAGCUUCGAACGAGGCCUCUAUGUGGCCAACUGCUCGUCCUUGCCCUACAGUGGAGGCAAGGUGGAGGCUCUUACAGUGCUGCCAUCUAGGGACCAUCCUCAGGAGUUGAGCGACGGACAGUUCAACUCCGCCAGGCACCUCAAGUACCUGAGUCUUCGAAACUGCUCCAUAUACUUUAUUCACAAGAAAGCCUUCUACGGAGCUAAAAACGUGAUCGAAAUUGACCUGUCUUUCAACUAUAUCGAAGAGCUUGAGCCGACAGUGUUCCAACACUUGACGAGUUUAACGACCCUCUCACUGAGAGGGAACCCUAUCCAGUUUCUGUCAGAUGUGCCAUUCCUGAUUUCCAAAUCACUCCAACACCUGGACAUCGGACAGUGCAACAUUAGGAGUAUUUCAAGAGGGGUGUUUUAUGGUUUGAAACGUCUCAAAUACCUGUUGAUGGACGGAAAUCUAUUGAAAAGCCUCAAAUACAAUACGCUUCCCAAGGGUCUCAAGUAUCUCAACCUCUCCCACAACCAAAUGGUUAACAUUCCUACGGAGGUAUUGUCAUCGUUGACAAAUCUCAGACGGAUUGGCCUCAGUGGAAACCCCAUCAACUGCACUUGUUCCCUGAUGAAUUUGCAGGAUUGGCUCUCCGGUCGUGGUGUGAUAUUUGAGGACAACGUCACGUGUGUCUUCCCCUCGGAGUACGAUGGCAUGAGUUGGAGCAAAGUUGAUGAGAACAGAUUGUGCUUAGAGGAAGCGAGGAGAGAAGAGCUGUCUCGUUUUAGUAAAUACAACCGAUUGCGUUUCAAGCAGAACUACUUCAAGAAUGAAAACAGCUAUCUGACAGAAAAUGUGCAGGCUGAUCAGCCUCAACCCGACUCACAAUCAGAAGUACUGUUUCAAAACGAUGAAACUGUAGCGAUGGGUGAAAUGAUGAGAGGUGAAGAGCAUAAAAUGAAUGACACUGAGCAAGAAGUGGCAGAUUCAGAUAAAGAGAUGACCUCGGGAGUUGAAGUUGAUGAAGAAUCUGACGCAACUGACUCUCCUGAAGUUGAGUCAGUAAAACCCGAGGAAGACAGUCCCAGACAGUCCAACACAGGAAGAUGUUCAUGGAAAUAUGAAGCCCAAGAAAAUAAACCUGAAAAUGUUGACCACGUACCAGAAGAACUGAAUAUUGAGAAGACUGGAAGUAUAGAAAAUACCAUCGGCCAAGAGCCACCCCUAUCAAGUAACUUGAAUGAAAGCAACCCUGUUGAGUUUAAACCAAUCAGUGAAGAGGUAAACACAGAAGUUGACGAUUUCAGAGAAGAGGGUCUCUUUCAUGUGGACAGUGACAGAUAUACUCAUACGGUGAAGACGUGGAAAAUCCAGAGGAAAUGCCUGUCCAGAAAUUCCACUUCUAGUUCCGAGACAAAUAAUGGAACAAUCAUUGUCGAUCAAGAGAAUCCUGAAGAGAAGGAGACAGAAGAGCCGAUUCCAACUCCCGUUUUCAUACCUGACUUAAUGAACAAGAAAGAGUUAGAGGAAGUUACAAGUGUGCAAGUUCAAACAGAUGAAAUAGAACCAACCAUCAGUCCAACCCCAGGCAGUGAGAACCAAACUCUUAUCGCUGGUUCCAGUAACAUAAUAGAAGAAAAACUCAGGGACGUAGCUGGAGCAGAAGUUGUCAUGUUCUGUAUAGCUGUUCUAGUAAUUACCCUUAUUCUGUACUCAAUUUACAAAUGUAGGACUUCAAAUAAGAGACAAACUAUCAGAAUUAGCAAGGAUGUGGAGUCGAACCGUGGAACUGAGAUGCAAGAUAUGGCUUCGCUCUUACCGAAACCUCAAGAUGACGAUCAGAGAAACGGUUCCAAGUACCCUGACAAAGCGCCUUCCAGCGAGACCAUGAAACUUAUAAGUGAACAGAAUGAGAAUGAGGCUCCCCGUUACAAACCGGUUCCGGACUCCAUGAAUAAAGUGGACGAUAAGAAUUCUCUCAACAACAAUACCCCUUCCAGCCCCACUGCCAAAACACCACUGAUCAAACCAGGAAACCAGAUCACGAUCAAUCCUGCAGCACCCAUACAGAGGACAAAGGUAAAAGUGGGAGUGAUCCCCGACUCGAUACCAAGGACUCCUAUAUUCCUACAAAAGUCACUCAACGGAACAAAAAAUGUCUAGACGUUUUGUGUUUGUUACCUGUUCACAAGAAACUGUUUAGAAAAGGACAAACUAGCUGGAUAAAGACUUUUCUAGCACGUUAGCUAGUCAUAUUAAGUGUAAGAGAAGCCUUGUGACAAAAAAAUUUGUCAGAUUUUACCAAACACACCAACUGAGUAGGUUGAGAUCUACUCCUGACUGAUUUAUUUCCUUUAUUUUUAUUGUGUAUAUAGACUUGAAAUCAUGUAAAUAUAUAAAUAGAUAUUUUGGUAAUAAAUUAUUGUUAUCUAAAAAGUUUAUAUUUUAUCACUUUGUUGGAAAAUAUUGUUUAGCGGUAAGUUUGUUCUUAUUGAGAUUAUAUCUUUAGUGAGAAUAUAUAUAUAUAUCUUUUACUAUUUACUUGAUAUUGUUUUCAAAGCGAUGUUCACUAGUUUUUAUAAAUUAACUUGAGUAAAAUCCCACUUCAAGGCUCCAUAAACUACUACAUUAUGGCAACAGUGUGGAAAGAAUCUCAACUUAAUUACAGAAUUUCCCAAAAAUUCAAAAUUUUUAUAAUAACAUUGUACUAUAUAUUAAAGUUUAACUGUAUUCCUGGGCAUGAUUUGAAAAGUAACAAAC